AUGAAAGGACCCUUUCCAGGACAAGUACUUACAACAGUUGGAUUGGAUUCAAACAACGGCAUAUACCCACUUGCAUAUGGCAUUGUUGAGACUGAAAAUAUGAGUAGCUGGAAAUGGUUUCUAGAAUGCUUGGGAGAUGACUUAGAGUUGUACUCAAAUUCUAACUUUACUUUCAUGAGUGAUAGACAAAAGGGACUCUUACCUGCUGUUGCACAACUAUACCCACAGGUUGAGCAUCGAUUCUGUCUAAGACAUAUUUAUGAGAACAUGAGGAUUAAAUGGAAAACAAAAGAGUAUAAAGAUCACUUAUGGCAGUGUGCAAUAGCAACCACAGUACCAGAAUUUGAACACUACAUGAAUGAACUUAACAAGUUUGAUAAGGAUGCUUUUGAGUGGUUGAAGAACCCCCCCCCCCCCCCUCACCAUUGGGCCAGAAGCCACUUUUCAGGCAGAGCAGGAUCAGAUAUAUUGCUCAACAAUUUAUGUGAGGCAGUACCUUAUGGAGAGGAUCUGCAAUGUGAAGAAAGUGAUGUCAAAGCUCCAGGUCCACUCACUCCAACAACAUCAAAGUUACUUGAGAGAAAUAGGGAAGCUUCAGUCCAAUAUAGAGCUAGAUGGAAUGGGACUGCAAAGUAUGAAGUUUAUGGUCCUUGGCAUGACCAACAUGUGGUUGACAUGACAAAUAUGUCAUGUACAUGUAGAAGGUGGGAAUUGAAUAGGAUUCCAUGCAGGCAUGCCAUAGCUACAAUACAUGAAAUGGCUGAUAGUGGAGACAAAGUUGGGGAGCUUUACACUUAUGUCAACAAAGUGUAUUGGCUUCAAACAUGGAAUGAAGCUUACUCUUACACUGUGGACCCUAUAAAGGGUAGAGCCAUGUGGCUAAAAAGUACCUGUCCAUUUAAAUUAACACCACCACCACAUCACAAUCAACCUGGGAGACCUAAGACCAAGAGAAAGAGAAGUGUAGAUGAAAAAUAUGAUAAACAUAUGCAAAAUCAUGGUGCAGGUGAACCUGAAAAACUUACCAGAAAGUUUGUUAGUGUCAGGUGUGGGAAAUGCAACAAUAGGGGUCAUAACUCAAGGACGUGCAAGGGUCAAGGUGGGAAUGCAGGAAGCAAUGAAGGAGGGAAUGCAGGAAGCAGUCAAGGAGGGAAUGCAUGA